AUGCCUCCUGCCCCAGAAAGAAAGGACCCUGCAGAGUCUGGCUAUAUCCUGUUCUCAGCCAGGGGAAGUGAAGAUCGUGUUCUGAGGAGGGGACCAUCUGAGAGGGAACCACAUCAGGCUAGCAGAGGGAAGAGUUCUAGACUGCCAGGAUUUAAGGCUUGUGGAAUCCUAUCACUACACUUCUGCUCACACUCUUACCUGCUGCCUCCAACAAUAAUCAUCAUACCUCGCUUUCCAAAACGUCCACGCCUCACCCUUGAGCAAGACUUCCAGAACCCAUUUGAUAUACAGGACUUGAUGAUUGCACAGGCUCCCACAGCUGAGGAGGAAAAUGAUACCUCUUCCACUUCAUCUUCCUCUUUAAACUUGUCCUACCCCUCCUCUUCUUCUUCUUCUGCCUCCUCUUCCUCUUCUCUGAUUCUGGAUACCCCAGAGGAGGAGGAGCCUGUUGAUGCAAUGCGUAAUUCUCCCCAGAGUUCUCCCCAGAGUACUCCCCCAAGUACUCCCCAGAGUUCUCCCCAGACUACUCCCCCAAGUACUCCCCAGAGUUCUCCCAAGACUUCUCCCAACACCUCUCCCAACACUCAGAGCUCCUACUCUUCCUCGACUUCAUGGAACAAGUUAGAUGAAGAGUUCAGCAGCCAAGAAGAGAGUUCAAGCACCUUUCAGUCUUCAACGGAUACUGAAUCCUCGCCCAGAGACCCGCUUGAGGAGAAGGUGACUGAUUUGGUGCAUAUCCUGAUUCUGAAGUAUCGACUGAAGGAGCCCAUCACAAAAGUGGAAAUGCUCAGAGUUGUGACCAAAGAGUAUAAGAAUCAAUUUCCUGUGAUCUUCAAGAAAGCUAUUAAGUACUUGGAAGUGAUUUUUGGUAUUGAUGUGAAGGAAACAGACACCGCCAGCCACCUCUAUGCCCUUGUCAACUCACUCGACCUCACCUAUGAUGAGAUACUGACUAAUGACCAGAGCAUGCCUAAAAAUGGCUUCCUGAUAAUUAUUUUGGGUGUAAUAUUCAUAGAGGGGAACUGUGCCUCUGAGGAAAACAUCUGGGAAUUCCUGAAUAUGAUGGGAGUGUAUGAUGGGAAGGAGCAUUUCAUAUAUGGGGAGCCCAGGAAGUUCAUCACUAGAGAUUUGGUGCAGGAAAAUUACUUGGAGUACCGGCAGGUGCCCAAUAGUGAUCCUCCAUGCUGUGAGUUCCUGUGGGGUCCAAGAGCUAAAGCUGAAACCAUCAAGAUGAAAGUUUUAGAAUUUUUGGCCAAGGUCAAAGGAAGUGACCCUGUUUCCUUCUCUAGCUGGUAUGAGGAGGCUUUGAGAGAGGAGGAAGAGAGAGCCCAGGCCAGAAUUGGUCCUGUGGAUGAUAGUACAGCCUUGUUCAUUGCCCAGCAUUGGUCAGCAGCAUCUCCUGCCCCUAGUGAAGAAUGA